AUGUAUUCAGAUCGCCUAUUUUCUGAGUCCUGUCAGCCCCACGUUGCAUCAGAUUUGCUAUCAAACCCUUCGAACAGCUUCCUGUCCUCUUUAGGCCAUGUUCCAGCAACUAACCUCCAAGUAGGCACCGCUGCGAGUGUCCUGCAACUUCUCAAGCUUACCCCCUCAUCUGUCGGUGUUGCAUCUUCUUCAGUUAAUACAGCUAGCCCUGGCUCCAGCUGCCCUACCGUUUCUGUAUGUAGCAAUGACCAUAGACCUAUCAAUAUCAGUGGCUGUACCGAAAACAGUAACUCAGGUCUUGUUAGAUUGAAUCUGGGUGGUUCAUCGAUUUCUACACCGACUGCAUUUACUGUGUCACCCGCCAUCACCAGCACUUCCUCCCUUUUCGCCGCUAUACCCGGAAAUCGGAUGUUCUCAUUGUCAGGUCUUCCACAGGCAUUUUCCCAGCAGCAGCAGCAACAGAACUCAUCUGUAUCCGUUACAAGGUCUCCAAUGACUGGUUCAGUCUGCGCUGCUAGUGCUGGAGUACCGUCACUUACUCCUUCUGUUCAACAACAGUUCCAACAUGACUUAUUUUCAGGGGCACAGACAUUUGGACAGUUCGGUCAAAUGCCCGUGACUUCAGCCGGGAUGAUCGAUGCAUUUCAGGCCAAUCUUAUGCAGCAGCAACAGCAAGCGGUACUCCUUUUUUAUACUCUCUAA